UCGGGUGAUACUGACAAAACUGAUGUGGCUCUAAAAAUAGUGAUCUAAAUGACGUAAUAAACAUUCCAGAAGAAACUGACAGGCACCAGACGCGGGGUAUUAAACCAGAACUAAUAACACAAUCACCAGUUAUCAGCCGCUUCACCUGAAAAAUGAAUACACUGAGGAUGCACACUUUUGUGAACGAAAUGGUGCGAAAAGGCAUAAUUCAUCACCCGGAAAGACCAAAGACUGAUCUACGGGACUUCUUAGGAAUGGAAGUCAGUUUGGACCAGGAUGAAAUCAGUGAAAUUGCAGACAAUUUCAAUGAACUGAGGUCUGAUGUGAUCUCAUAUCUUGACGAGGUCACUCCAUGGACGUGGAGGACAUUUUCAGCAGGAUCUUACUAUGAUGGAACCAAGGUAUCCAGGCCUAAUGAGAUGGACUGUCAACUUAUACCAAGAUUAGAUGACUCAAUAACACCCAUCUAUGAAGGAUGUGAACCUAGCCACUGUAGGCUGGAGGUGAAUUACCACAGAAAGGAUCCAAUACACAUGCUCUGUGAUGAAGGAUUCAUCAAUAUGGACAAGUUCAGAGGAUACUUCUUUGACAAAAUGGAUCAAUUUCAAAGCUCUCGGAGAAUUAUUAAGAAGGAUCUCACAUAUCCUGAAAGUCCUUCUUACCGUGUCAUCUACAAGACAAGGCGAGAGCUGCCGAACAUCGAGAUCGACUUCGUUGCAGCCAUUCAUGUUGACGAGUGGCCAGUCUAUCCCUUUGCCAACAAUCUACAGAAGAAAUUGUCCACUGAUUUGCCCAGUGAGAUUGAUCCUAAAGAGAUAAUGGCUGAAGGAUUUGUUACAGUCAUGAAGCAUUGUAAAGCUGAUGUACCGGGGACAAAGCACUACAAUGGAAGAUGAGCUUCACUUAUGCUGAGAAAAUGCUCUCCAAACACGCAGACAAGAAAUCCUGGAAGCCCACCCUAAGAAUUAUCAAGCGGGCUAAGGAGAUCGCCAAAGGCGACACAGCUAUUAGUACAAACACAAGAGUCACGAAGCAACUGAUUAAAGCAGCAAAGUACACAAAAGAGCAUUUGUUCCAAGACUGUGGAAAAUUGGGCGUGGGGACGUACCCGAUAAGGAUGUUGAUGUGGACACUGAUGUAUGAUAAAAAGUUGGGAUCAGGGUACACACUCUGGCAGGAUAAAGGACACACUGAACAUGCUUCAAGGCAGUCUUGAAUGCUUUAGACAUAUGCUCACUGGAAAGCUACAGAUUCCCAAUCUGUUUAUGCCCCAAAUGGGCGAUAUCAUGAGGACUGUAAGAUUUAAAGAUAAAUGUUUCAUGUACGUCAUGACAUUAGUCAUUGACGUACUGUUUUCAGAAGCUGAGUAAUAAAGACAGCUGUGUGUUGCAUCUCCAGGUCUAUCUGACCUGCUGCUUAAAAUGCAGACAUGAGAAUGUCAAGAGAGAGAGGAAGGAGCCAGGAGAGGAAGGAGAGAGCGUGAGUGAGAGCCAGGAGAGGAGGGAGAGAGCGUGAGAGACAAGAAA